AUGCAAUUGAAUAUACCUGAUUCAUCUUGUCGUGGUCCAACUGAAACAAGUCAUUGGGUUAUUCCAAAAGUGCUUUUAUCAAGUGGAUAUCCAGGUUCAAAAGAUAUAGAUGAACAUCGACGAGUAACACGUGCUAUUUAUGAUAGUGGUAUUGAAGUAUUUGUUAACCUUAUGCAAGAAAAAGAAGUUGCUCGUUUUACUCCAUAUGAAGAAGAAAUUCGACAAUAUGCUAUUGAAGAUGGCCGAAAUGUUGAAUUUCUUUUAUUUCCAAUUCCUGAUCAAUAUGUUAGUCAAAAUGAUCAAAAAGUAUUCGAAUUUUGUCUAAAUUUACUUGAAAGACUUAAAAACAAACAUCAGAAAAUUCUUGUUCAUUGUUGGUAA